AUGCCAGGCCCCAAGUUCGCUCUCCUGGACGGAUUGGCGGGUAUCGCGUAUCUUGCAAUACUCAUUCCGAUCUGGGCGGUCGAGGUUGACGAUCUGGGGUCAGCGGGAUAUGGCUUUUUGGCUGGAUACGCAACAGCUCCCAUGAUUGUCAACAUGUUUAUCCACUUCUACUUCUUUGCUUGCAAGGCUCGCGCGAUGUGGUUUGCGUUGCGUGCUCCGACGGUACAUGAGUGCCCCAACUGCCACCACGACUUGACGGUAGGCACUCCACAGAUCAAAGAGACGAACAAGGAUGGAGCGCGGUACAGCUUGCUGCGCGGAGAAGACUAUCUCGAUGCCGACGCUGAUGCCGAGCGCUACAUCGAUGAGAGCGCGAGGCCUUCCGAGGAGCAGCUCCGACCUGAGGGUGAUGACAAGGAAGACAAGGGCAAGUCCAGCAUCGAUGUCUGA